AUGACCGAUGGCCCCUUUUUGACGCCACCUCCGCCGCCUCAACAGCGGCCGCACAGCCCUCCACAACCGCCACCUCCGCCGCCCCAGCAGCAGCAGCAGCCGCGGCCGCCACCUCCGCCACCUCCGCCGCCCUCCGCACCCGCCGCCCUCCGCACCCGCCGCCCUCCGCACCCGCCGCCCUCCGCACCCGCCGCCCUCCGCACCCGCCGCCCUCCGCACCCGCCGCCCUCCGCACCCGCCGCCCUCCGCACACGCCGCCCUCCGCACACGCCGCCCUCCGCACACGCCGCCCUCCGCACACGCCGCCCUCCGCACCCGCCGCCCUCCGCACCCGCCGCCCUCCGCACCCGCCGCCCUCCGCACCCGCCGCCCUCCGCACCCGCCGCCCUCCGCACCCGCCGCCCUCCGCACCCGCCGCCCUCCGCACCCGCCGCCCUCCGCACCCGCCGCCCUCCGCACCCGCCGCCCUCCGCACCCGCCGCCCUCCGCACCCGCCGCCCUCCGCACCCGCCGCCCUCCGCACCCGCCGCCCUCCGCACCCGCCGCCCUCCGCACCCGCCGCCCUCCGCACCCGCCGCCCUCCGCACCCGCCGCCCUCCGCACCCGCCGCCCUCCGCACCCGCCGCCCUCCGCACCCGCCGCCCUCCGCACCCGCCGCCCUCCGCACCCGCCGCCCUCCGCACCCGCCGCCCUCCGCACCCGCCGCCCUCCGCACCCGCCGCCCUCCGCACCCGCCGCCCUCCGCACCCGCCGCCCUCCGCACCCGCCGCCCUCCGCACCCGCCGCCCUCCGCACCCGCCGCCCUCCGCACCCGCCGCCCUCCGCACCCGCCGCCCUCCGCACCCGCCGCCCUCCGCACCCGCCGCCCUCCGCACCCGCCGCCCUCCGCACCCGCCGCCCUCCGCACCCGCCGCCCUCCGCACCCGCCGCCCUCCGCACCCGCCGCCCUCCGCACCCGCCGCCCUCCGCACCCGCCGCCCUCCGCACCCGCCGCCCUCCGCACCCGCCGCCCUCCGCACCCGCCGCCCUCCGCACCCGCCGCCCUCCGCACCCGCCGCCCUCCGCACCCGCCGCCCUCCGCACCCGCCGCCCUCCGCACCCGCCGCCCUCCGCACCCGCCGCCCUCCGCACCCGCCGCCCUCCGCACCCGCCGCCCUCCGCACCCGCCGCCCUCCGCACCCGCCGCCCUCCGCACCCGCCGCCCUCCGCACCCGCCGCCCUCCGCACCCGCCGCCCUCCGCACCCGCCGCCCUCCGCACCCGCCGCCCUCCGCACCCGCCGCCCUCCGCACCCGCCGCCCUCCGCACCCGCCGCCCUCCGCACCCGCCGCCCUUUUGCGCCAAACGUGAGGGAGGGCGGCCCAUGGAGGCCGGGGCGAUGCUGCCGCGGUCAGGGCCGCGGGCAGUGGCAGUGGCGGAGGCGGCGGCGGCGGCGGAGGCGGCGACGGCGGGGGCGGUGGUGUCAGGCGUCGAGUGCCUGCGGCGGCGAGAGAGACCAGCAAGGAGUGUGGAGUGGAGUGCGGCGUGGCUUAUGGAUUAA